AUGUCUCAGCUGAACGCCGUACAGAUGCUUUUGGAUAAUAAAGCAGAUGUCGAUCAAGCAGGUCCGAAAGGAAACACAGCAUUGUUCUAUGCCUCGAAACGGGGGAACACAAAAAUUGUACAGACAUUGCUUAGAUAUGGUGCAAACAUUAAUCACUGUAACUGCUCUGGCAUGACUGCACUAAUGGUAGCUUGCACAAAAAAUAAAACCAAUGUUAUUGAUUGUUUAUUGACUAAAGAAGCUAAAAUUAACUCUGUUGACCCAUAUGGUACUACAGCUCUGAUUUUCGCCGUCAUUUAUAAAAGUACAGAGGCCAUACAAAUAUUACUGAAAUGGAAGGCAAAAGUUAACAUUAAAACAUACUAUGGGGCUACAGCUCUAAGAAUAGCUGCGAAAUCAGGAUUUCUUAAAGGGGUUGGUCUACUUUUACAGAAUUAUGCAAAAGUUAAUUGCACUGACGAACAAGGUCGCUCCGCAUUACACUUUGCAGUUACCAAAGGACAUUUGAAAACAGCGAAAAUUUUACUUAAUAACGGUGCGAAUAUUAACCAACCAAGAAAUGAUGGACUGACUCCAUUAAUGAUAGCGACAAAGAAAGAUAAUUCUAGACUGGUUAAAUUAUUGUUGAAUAUGAAGGCCGAUAGAGACAUUGUCACUCCCCAAGGAGAAACCGCCCUGUCUAUAGCAAAAGCAAACAGAUUUUUAAAAAUAUUUGAUUUGCUUGAAGGCAAAGAAUCUAAAUCUAGGCCAGUGUUCGACAUUCCAGGUACAGUUGUUGAUCAUACAAACUCUUCAUUCGACUCAGAGGAUUCAGAUGAAGAUUCUCAGCUACCAUCAUCAGCUCAAGACAACUGGCCCUCUUACAUCUCUGUUAAAAAUGAUAAAAG